AUGGAAAAGCAACCUGCAGACAGAACCCAGAAAGCACCCAGCUUCAAAGAAAUGGAAUUAGAAGAUAUCACCAGCAAAAUUUCUGCACUCGAUAAGUGGAGAGCAAUAUUCGGUUCCCAAGGGCUGAAGAUCAGCAGACCGGAUAGAAAGACUAUUCAGGAUAACUAUACAGGAGGUGAAGAAAAUGAAGACAGGUCUAAGACCUCAAGAAGCAAGAAGCAUGGCACUUCUCCUGGCAGUGUGUUAUAUUCUAUCCCAAGAGAGCUAAUAAUUUCUUCAGACCUUGGUGGCCGGCCUAUCACAAUUGAAAUGGCAAUGGAGCUGAGAAAGAUUCUGUUUGGAAACACAUUUCAAACAUUUAACUAUGAAUGGAAAAAAUCAUUUUUCAAAUUCAGAGAAGCAUUUUCAAACCUGGCAUAUGCACUGGAAGCAGAAAAG